UUGUAAUUGCAGGUGGAUGAUCAUGGCCCCUGGUUUUCCCUUCUCUCUAUCAAAUACCAACUCUUCACUUCUUUCACAUUAACCCUAUUCCCUCUCCCUUUUAUACCUUCCUCUCAUUCCAAUCACCUUGUCCUCUUCACCAAACAGCGCCUACAGAGAUGCAAUCCUUCACAUCUCUGUUUUCAUUCGGUACAAAUAUCCCAUCAUGAAUUUUACCCCAAAACAAGGGGGAAAAAGAAUCGUUUUUUACUAGACUCUUUUGUGCCCUCUGUUUCUUCUGUUCAACACCCUCUUUUCAUCUGUUCAUCGACAUUUCAUGGUUCUUUUCACUUUUUUUGUUAUACCCAGAUUUUGAUUCUGAAUUUUGAAUACACUUCGGAAAUACCCAUAUGCAUUUGACAGAGUUGAUUCAGGAUUCUAAAUGGGGAAAGCGACUGAGGGUGAUAUAAAAGAGAAAGGUUUUAGUAAAUUGGACCAGGAAACCGAAACAAAUACAGAGGACACGAAUGGAGUUUCCAAUACGAAUAAAAAUAGAAAUACUACUACUUCAGAUAGACGGGGAAAGAAUAGCAGGCGGCGGCAAAAGAAGAUGGUGACGUUGUCGGCGUCUUCCGUCGUGCACCCGGUUCAAAGGCUUUUCAAUGCUUGCAAGCACGUUUUCGCCACUGCCGGAACUGGAUUCGUCCCGUCUCCCGAUAAAAUUGAACAGCUUAGCGCUCUUUUGGAUGAAAUUCAGCCGGCUGAUGUUGGUCUUACUUCAAAGAUGCCAUUUUUCAGUCCGCAAGUAACUCGUCGAGCUCCAACGAUAACAUACCUACACAUCCACGAGUGCGAAAAGUUUUCGAUUGGCAUCUUUUGCUUGCCUCCAUCCGGUGUCCUUCCGCUUCACAAUCACCCUGGAAUGACUGUAUUCAGUAAGCUUCUCCUUGGGACUAUGCACAUCAAAUCAUAUGAUUGGCUUGUGGAUCCUUCACAAUCAGCGCCUCAACAUCCGAAUGUCCGUUUGGCUAAGGUUAAGGUCGACGCCGACUUGACUGCUCCAUGCAAGACCUCCAUACUUUACCCAGCUGAUGGAGGCAACAUGCAUUGCUUCACUGCCGUGACAGCAUGCGCAGUGUUGGAUGUUCUAGGCCCUCCAUAUUCCGAUCCCGAAGGACGGCAUUGUACGUACUACUCCGACUACCCUUUCACGACAUUCUCGGGUACUCUUACAGAUGAUGAGAAAGUGUCAAUACCAGAAGAAGAGAAAGAAAAGCUAGAUUGGCUUCAAGAGAGGGACAAACCUGAGGAUUUGGUGGUUGUUGGAGCAGUAUACACUGGUCCUGAAAUUGUGGAAAACUGAUAUGCGAGCCCUCACACCAUAUCCUGUAAUACC